GCUUUGGAAUCAGUUUCUCGAACAAAACAGACAGAAGCAGAGUGAAAAUUUUAUUCGCGAAAACAUUGAAAACCUAAUCGAAUUUUCCAAACAGAUUUGGUGACUAAUUCGAAUUAAUUGAUUAAUUUUGUGUACCUACCGACGUUAUCAUUCUGAUAAUAAUAGUAGCAAUCGUUUAAUCAUGGAGGGUCAAGGAAAGAAAAAGGGGAAGAAGAAUCAUCCCGCCGGCGGUUCCCAGCCCGGUCAAGCAUCCGGGGGGAAUGCAGCGGGAGGCCAACAACAACAUCAACAGCAGCAGAAAAAACAACAUCAGCAGCAGGGCCAGGGCAAAGGGCAACAAAAACAACAACAAAAAUCACAACAACAACCACAACAACAGCAACAGCAACGUGAUCCAUCGCCUCCGCAACAAACCAUGGAAGAGCAAUUUCCUGAGUUGGGAUUUUCCGAACAGCCAAGGAAGGGAAAAAAUAAACAAAAACAACAACAAAAAUCACAACAACAACCACAACAACAGCAACAGCAACGUGAUCCAUCGCCUCCGCAACAAACCAUGGAAGAGCAAUUUCCUGAGUUGGGAUUUUCCGAACAGCCAAGGAAGGGAAAAAAUAAACAAAAACAACAACAAAAAUCACAACAACAACCACAACAACAGCAACAGCAACGUGAUCCAUCGCCUCCGCAACAAACCAUGGAAGAGCAAUUUCCUGAGUUGGGAUUUUCCGAACAGCCAAGGAAGGGAAAAAAUAAGCAAAAACAGCAGCAACAACAACAAAAACAAAUGGAACAACCCCAACAGCAACAGCAAAAACAGCAGCAACGUACCCAACAACAACAGCAACGCCCUCAACAACAGCAGCAAGGUCAAGGCCAAGCAACCUUGCCUCAACAACAGCAGCAGCAACAACCACGACAACAGCAACGUCCUCAACAACAACAACAACAACGUCCCCAACAACAACAGCAGCAAGGUCAAGCAGCCUUGCCUCAACAACCACGACAACAGCAACGUCCUCAACAACAACAGCAAUCGGUGCAAUCGUCGCGAUCGCAGUCACAUGAAUCAUCGCAUUCCUCUUCACCGACGCAUGCCGCUGCACUCGAGCGCGUUGAGGAAGAUUUCAGCAAGAUCAAAAUCGAGAAGCAAAAAAUUCAUUCAUCAAGUUUGUUGCCCGUGCUGAUGCGUCCGAAUGCGCACGGCACCCGUGGAAAGCCAAUUAAGGUGGAGGUGAACUACAUCCAACUGCUGCUGGAUCGCCUCAUUCCUACAGCCUAUCACUACGAUGUGGACAUCCAGCCGCCAGCAUCGCGCAAGUGGCAACGCUUGGCCUUCGGCGAGUUCACCCGGCAAAUGUUCCCGGACCACGGAUUUGCAUUCGAUGGGCACAAAAACGCCUACGCGGCACGGCGCCUCCAGUCCGAUGUCCACGAGCAAGAGGUCAAGGUGCGAGCAGAUGGCCGUGAUCGUAAGUUCAAAGUGGCCAUGAAGGAAGCUGCAGUUUUGGAUAUGAGUUGCCUGAAAACAUACAUGACCAACGGCAGCACGAUGGACAAGCCCAUGUCGGCUAUUCAGUGUCUGGAUAUAGUACUGCGAACCGCGUACGAAAAUAAUCCUAAAUUUAUCAAGUUUAAGAAAUCAAUUUACGUCAAACCGGAACGGCCGGAUGACCUCGGAAGCAACCACGAGCUGUGGUACGGCUUGUUCCAAUCGGCCCUGUUGGGUUCAAGACCUUUCCUGAACAUCGAUGUUUCGCACAAGGCUUUCCCAACCGGUGGACCAGUCAUGAAAAUUUUGAGCGAUCUGAACCGGGGCCAGAUUCCGGAUCGAGUACCGGAAUGGAUGAACCGAGAGCUCCACGAUUUCCUCAAAGGGAUGGAACUUGCGUACACCGGACCUGAUGGAGUUUCGAAGCUGUUCAAAUAUAAUGGGAUCAAGGGCCCGGCAAAUCAGCAAAGAUUCAAACUGGAAAACGGUACAGAGAUGACCAUUGAUCAAUAUUUCCGUUCACAGAACAGACCACUCCGUUUUCCUUCGCUGCCGGUUCUCCAUGUUGGUAGCCUCGUUCGCAAUGUAAUGCUUCCGAUAGAGAUGUGCGCUAUUCCACCCGGACAGGCCCUCAACAAGAAGCACCCUGAUUCAUGCACUCAGUAUAUCAUCAAAAAAUCGGCCACUGAUACCGCAACACGCAAGCGGAAGAUUAUGGAUUUGUUCAACCAAAUUGGCUACAACAAUGCUCCAACCAUCAAGGAGUUCGGAGUUGGAGUCGCCAACAAUUUCGAAACGGCCGACGGACGAAUACUCGAUCCCCCGGAGCUACUCUAUCGCAACGACAGGCGCGUUAAGCCGAUGAGAGGCGUUUGGCGGGCAGAUAAUAUGAACUUCAUUGUCCCGAGCACUGACGUUACCAGACGGGAACUCAGUUGGACCAUAUUGAACCUGGACGGAAGAACCCGCCCGGACGCGAUUGAAGAGUUUGGACGUAACAUUUACCAGAUGUCCAGAAAACAGGGCGUUCAGCUUCAGGAAUUUAGUAUGAAAAACAAUUUUUACGAACCGCGAGAUAUGAGAUCGGCUAUAAAGGAUCUCGACAACAUGUUCGACGAUCUGAAGAAACGUCGGGUGGAUUUGGUGUUCGUAGUUAUCCCAGCUCCCGGAAGAGACGGCGAUGUAUACGCCAAAGUUAAGCAGAAGGCUGAGCUGUGCGUCGGACUGCUCACGCAAUGUAUAAAGAGCUUCACACUGGAUAGGAAACGGGGCGAUAUGAGCACUAUCAGCAACAUUUGGUUGAAGAUCAACGCUAAAACCAACGGCUCAAAUCAUGUGUUGGCAGGCAAUGUAAAACCGCCAAUAGCGCGCAAACGUGUCAUGUACAUCGGAGCCGAUGUCACCCAUCCCUCGCCGGAACAGACCAACAUUCCCAGUGUGGUUGGAGUGGCUGCCUCGUACGACAUCGAGGGUUUCCGCUACAGCUGCUGCUACCGUCUACAAGGUCCCAAGGACGAAAUGAUUCGCGAUUUGCAAAACAUCGUCGCCAAGCAGCUCAGACAAUUUAAGCAAACGAAUCAGCAACUGCCAGAGCUUAUAAUGUACUAUCGCGACGGUGUAUCCGAGGGUCAAUUCCAGGAAGUGCUAACCAUAGAACUACGGGCAAUGCAAGCAGCGGCUGCUAGCGUACAGCAAGGAUACAAACCCAACAUCACCUUCAUAGUAGUCCAAAAGCGCCACCAUGCACGUUUCUUCCCCACAGCCAACUGCCCAGUCGAAGGCCGCAAUAAUAAUGUACCACCGGGUACGAUUGUCGAUCGCUACAUUACCACUCCGAACCAGUAUCAAUUUUUCCUGGUUUCACAUGCGGCCGUGCAGGGGGUUGCCAAACCCACCAAGUACUGUGUGCUGUACGACGACGAGAACUGUAACCCGGAUCAGCUGCAGGCGCUGACAUAUUACCUGUGUCACAUGUUUACUCGCUGCAAUCGUGCCGUGUCCUACCCGGCUCCGACCUACUAUGCACAUCUGGCCGCCUACAGGGGACGAGUCUACAUCAAGGACCGCCCACUAAAUAUGAACAAUUUGGCGAACGAGUACGAGAGGAUGCAGAUCAAGACUGAAAUUCAGGAUGGUCAUCCGAUGUUCUUCGUUUAAAAUCCCCCUCGCACAUGGGGUCACUGACUUUAUGAUAAUAAUAUGUUUCUUAUAAUCUCUAUUCAUUAUAUUAUACUUUUUUAUUACUGCAGAUAUUUAUGAAAUGAAUAUAUAAUAUUAGAUAGGAAUCACAUCAUUCAUCAACAUAAAUUUUCGGAGCUCAAGUAUCUUGAGAGCCUUCCAAAUAAACGAAUAAGUAAAAAAAAAGUUUCUUGACACAUUGGAUAAAAUAAAUGACGUUUAAUGUGAUUCCGCGAUAACCCAAAAAAUCGUUGAAAUAUUACUUGAUGCCGAAAUCCACAAAGGCCGAGAAGUACAAAUGUUUGAAAAGGAACUCAUCACAACGCAAAUGGUUAGUGCCACAGUUGGAACUUUGGAAAGGCACCAUAAUGGGAGGUCGCGCCAUGAUUGAAAGGUGGAAGCAGCACUUCGACGAUCACCUGGAUAGCCACAGCCGUUUGAAUACAAAAUAGCCGUGUGAAGUGAACACAUCUUAGCGUUGUAUCGAAGAUCUAGUAAGAGAAUACGAUGCGUCGAGAAGCUAGUGCCAGUAUUGGGAAUACUCACUAGCAAAGAAUUAUACUAACAUGCUACUAUCUCAGUUCAGAAACAACGAUGUAUGACGGACUUUUACUUUGUAAUUUUACCUUAGAGUUCGCCGAAUAAAAUAUAGAUCGCACACGCAUACCGAAUUUGUGUAAGAGCUGUGGUGGUGAUUCUCCACGGCGGCGUGAGAGUAAUUUAUACUCACCUCGGGAAGAGUUGGGCUGCAAAAUGGUGAGUCGAUAAGGAGAGCGUCCAACAUAGCUCUGAUCCUCACAAGUUCAUACCUCAUGCUUCCACAGGUCAAUCGAUGACAAGAACCGCCAGCUAAGAGAUGUGUGCUUAGCUGGUAGUGCAGCCUGGGCACUGUUGUUCUUCUGACUUCAGCUAAAUUGAGGAGGUACGUACCGAACGUCUGUUUACCAAGGAGGUGCGGCUCAAACAGCGUCUGUUCUAGAUGCAGCGGCUGAACAUGAAAUGCUCCGCUCCUCCACCGGAAGCUAUACCUAGGUAGAGUGGCAGCCCCACCACGGUGGAUAGGGGGCCUUAGGCCAACUACCUAGUGUUCUCGAAACCCUAAAAUCAUUACAGAAACCGAAAAUGAAAGAUUACGAACUGAUUCAACGGUAACGACUUUUAGCGCGAAACACCGGACAAGAAUUGGAACUUGGAAUGUAUUAACCCCAGCCCAGCAGGGUGAACUGACACAACUAAUCAAUAAGGCAUGCCGUAUGUAGCUUGACCGAAUCGUGUUGAAAUUGACGCUUUCCAAGCCUGAGCUUGAGAUCCUAGGACUGAGCGAAGUCCGAUGGCGGAACUUUGGAGACCACAGAUUAGUGUCGGGCCAAAUUCUGCUAUACUCUGGUCACCGUGAUAGCAUGAUCCAAUGUAACGCGCCAACCGAUGCUGAAGAAAUGCAAAAUAAAAAGAUCUCUUACAGCCAACUGAAUGCUGUCGUGGAUAAGAUUCCAAAAGGUGAAAUCAAAAGCCCCAUGGGCGGCUUCAACGCGAAGGUUGGUUCCGGCAACUCGGACUAUGAGCACGUCAAUGAGAAGAAGUGAGUGAAAACGGAGAGCUAUUUGCAGAGUUUUAUGGCAACAAAGACAUGGUGAUUGAAGGAUCGCUCUUACCCCAUCGACCAGUGCCCAAACUUGAGUUUCCCCAAUCGACCACAUCUGCAUCAGCCGAAAAUGGAGAUGGAGCCUUAUUGAUGUAGGUACGGAAGAAACGUAGCGCCGACAUUGCUUCCGUCCAUCAUCUCCUAAUCGGCGAGAUCUAGCUAUACGCAUUGCUAGAAUCCAUCGACAGGAGGAGAAAAUCGGGCGCCGGUUCAACGCACGCCGACUGGAAGACGCUUCCUUCGUUAAGGACAGGGUGUCUACUACCCUACCUGGAAAAACCUGGAAAACCGGGAAUCCUCAGGGAAUUUUAUUUAACAGGGAAAAACCUGGAAUACUCAGGGAAUAUCUUGAGUACUCAGGGAAAUUUUACUCCGAUAAAAAAAACAUUGGGUCGUAUGAAUAAAAACCUGGUAGUAAAAAUCCAUAUAGAAAUUUCGCUGCAAGGAUUUUUUGCAGAAUUUCCGUUAGGGUUUCUUUUUGGAACUUCUUUAUAAAUACCUCCUGGAAUGUCUCCCAGGAUUUCUUAUAAAAUUCCUUUCGCAUUUUUGACGCUAUUUCUCUUGGUAUUCCUUUUUGAUUUUUUUCCGGAAAGGUAUACUUCCGGAUUCCUUCCAGGAUUCCUUAACUCAAACCGAUUUCUCCUGGAGUUUUUCACGGGGAUGCUAUUUCUUCCCGGAGUUCCUCCUGUGAUUUGCUCAAAGAAAUCUACGUAGGAUUUCUACUAAAGAUUCAUCCCGAAUACUCUAUAAGAAUUUCUGUGAGGAUAAAUCGUGGAAUUUCUUUCGGUAUUCCUCAUGGAAAUUUUACGCAAUUCCUUCCGGUGUUCCUCAUGGGACUUCCCCAGAAGAUCUUCCCAGAUUUUCUUUUAAAGUUUCUAAAGGAGUUAUUCCUGGGGUUUUAAAGUUUCUCCAAGGGUUUCUGAAGGAGUUUUCACGAAUUUACUGCAAGAGCUCCUCAAGAGAUUUCUUUUAUUUUUUUCCUGUGAUAUCUUCAAACAAUUGCUUUGUGCUUUCUUCAAGAUGUUCUUCCUGGUCUCCUACAGGAAUUUCUUAAAAGUUUUCACGAGGUUUUUUUUAGUUUUACCUGAGAUUUCUCUCGGAGUAUCUCCUGUAACUUCUCUCAAAAGAUUCCUUUCAAUGUUGGUCAUGAGAUGUCUCUCAGAGUUUUUCUUAAUUUACACUGGACUUUCUCCUAAGAUAUUUUCCAGAGUGCCUUUUUGGGUUUCCACAGGAGUUAUUGCUGAUAUUUCUCAUUGAAUUCUUCUCUUGCAUUCUUUCAGAGCCAGGCUGUUCCUUGUAGUUGUACCGGAUUUCUUGCAGUGAUCCACCUGAAAUUUUUUUUUUACAGAUAUUCUCUGCAUUAUUCCCAAAAUUCUUCCCGUAAUCUUUACAAGAAAUUGUAGGAAAUUCCUGGAGAAAUAUUCGAGAGAAUUCAAAUAAAAUCUUGCGAGAAACUCCGCUAAGUGUUAUUGAAGAAAUCUCGACAGGAACUUCAGGAAAAACCUGAAAAAAAAGACAUCUCGAAAAAAGUUCUAGGUAAUAUCAAUCCCGAGAAGAAAUAUUAAGGACAUUUAAGGAGGAAUUCUGAAAACCUCAUGGAAUCCUAAAAGCAGCUACGGACGAACCCUCCCUCAUCCAUCCGGAAUCUAACCGCAUGGCUAUGAGGCUCAACCAAUGACAUGCUUGAAGAAACUUUGAAUAGUUUUGGAUGGAUCUUCAGGAGAAAUCCAGCGAGAAUCUCUGGAAGUAUAUCUGAAAACCUUUGAAAAAAAUAUCGGGACGUACUCAAAUAGAUAUCUCGUGAAAGAAUCCUGCGGAAAGCCAGGAAGAAAUUCCAGGAAUUACGCUCACAAAUCUUGAAAGAAAUUUUUGAAAACUAGGGGACAGCUACGUAUUUUCGGCAGUUUUGUUCUAUUCGUCAUGGGUGUUUUUUUAAACCUGUUGAACUCAGAGUUGACAUCAAAUCCUUCCCAACCAAAAUUUCAUCUGGAAAAACCUGGAAAACUCAGGGAAUUUUAUGUUGAGUUAUUAGUAGACACCCUGAAGGAGCUAGAGCACCGUGCUGUUGAUGUUUCGGAAGGUGGAAGCGUAUAAGAUCAAUGGAUCACCCUCAAGAAGGCCUUCAUCGCCACCGGCGAGAAUAAUUCGCACCCAGAGAGUGGAUCACAGAUGACACCUGGAGGUAGAUAGAGGAGCGAAGGAACGCCUAAGCCGCGAUAGAGCGAGCGAAAACACGAGGAGCCAAAGCCGGAGCCCGUCAGCGCUAUUCGGCUCUCGAGAAGGAAGUGAAACACCAACGAAGGCGAGAAAGCCGCAAAUACCGGCGACAUUCGUCUGCUCUACAAUGUCUCAUGUCGCCUUAGUGGGACUAAGAUGAAUGCUGAGGCGUUCCAUAUUGCGCGCAAACCCCAAAAUUUUAUUCCCACCUUUGGGUUUCCGCGCCGAAGACCCAGCGCCAGAUUCGGCGACAAAGAAACUUGACAGCCGUCGCUGGAAAGUUGACAAUCCUGAUAUUUGACGGCGGUCAUCCGCUAGCUGUGGGAGUGGAUUGUUGUCAUGUAAAUAGAGCAUUUCGCUGAAAAUGCAUGUGUAUUAAGUUAUUGUGACAGAUUUCUUGCUGUGUUAGUGUAAAAUUUGGUGAUUUGCUGAAUCGCGUAAGCUUUCGCUGGAAGAAAACGUUAUCUUUUUUAGCGAAGCAAGGGAAAUUUGCAAUGAAAAAAGCAAUAUCAUUUCAGCAACGAGUAAUUUUCAUAUAUCUUUAUUUGGAUGAAACCUUGCAUACAAGUCUUUGGGGGAGAAAAACGCCGUUUUGCAUACUUGGUUCGCCAUUUUGAAUCUAGCCUUACUUAUGAGAAGGGCCUAUGAAAAAUGCACAUGAUAUCUUCAAAAAGUUGUAUCUCGAAAACGGUUUGUCCGAUCGGUUUGGUGUCUUCGGCGAAGUUUUAGACAAUUGUUGGUGCUAUAUGGAGAAAAUAUGCACGGUAAAAAAAUAUGUUUGGUUUUUGUGAUUUGAACUAAAAUAUAGAUUUUCCCUCAAAAGUGACAUGUCAAUAUUUUUUUUAUUAUCCUUAUGUUAUAGCUGACUGAAAAUGCUACCUAGUGCACAGUGGGUUGUUCUGGAGAAAAAUAGGUUACAAUGAAAAAAAAAUGUUUUAAAAAAUUACGGUUUUCAAAAAAAGCUAUUAAGUAAAGUCAAAAAAGUUUGUCGCCCUAAUUUUAUGAAAGUACAUCAAAUUUGCAAGAAAAAAGUACUUCGGUAACAUUUUUCUAAGAUGCACCGUUUAGAAGAUAUUACUAAUUUAAUAUUGAUUUUUUUGAUAACUUAAUAAGUUUUAGCCCUUUUCGGAUGUACUCCGUGUUUCUCCAGUUUCAAAAGUAUUUUUUUCGGAAAGAUUGGAAAAUUUUGAGUUAAAAUGACACUGACAGCUUAAAGGUUUGAGUGAAAUUCUCUGCCUUAAAAGUAUUUUGAAACAAGUUACAAAAUCCCACUAUCAAGAACAAUGAUUUCUUCCAGUGGUUUUUGGUGCCUUCUGCUGAAAACGUGCUAAUAAGUAUUAGAUACAGGUAAUUAGAUACCAGUUAGCUGUACUACGUACAGUUGGUGAUUGUAAACAUGGUCUUUGUUGGAACUAGUCCACCAUGGCCACGCUGGCCCAGGCUUGUAAACAUUCGACACUUUUCACUGCCUUCGUUUCGUUGUCGCGGUCGGGUGUCAGCUUGCUUUAUUUCAUUCGAACGCGACCGCUACCUCUUACACACAACACAAGCGGCAGAACAAAGAUCAAUAAACAAAAAAGUGGAUCAAAUCAACGUAGUCUGACACGAUGACAUUAGUAUAAUUCCAGCUUUUCGCAAGAUUUCAGCCAAUUUCGAUUAAAAUUGGUAUAAUAUUAGUAUAAUAUUAGUCACCUUCCAUCAAACUAGACGGCUGCCGACUGAUACUUCAAUCAACAACCGCCGCACUCUUUAUUCAUUCCAGGUAUAUACAAUUUACAAUCUUCUUCAAUAACAAUAUACCUACGCCAGCAAAUCUACCUCGCUCCAACUCUCCAAACUCGUACCUGACGAUACCUGAGCGUUCAACUCUACCUAUCUUCCAGCAGUCUUUACCCAGCAUUCUAUGAUUUAUACCCGUGAGCUGUAUAAUAAUGUCUGACUCGGUUCUGAAUUCAUCCAGUAUCUACUAGGGAAAACCAAACAGUAAAUGCAGAAAGGUUGCUAGAAGCAUAGUGAUUUCAUAGUAAUUUCAGCUAAUAAUCCAGUGUUGUUUGAUAACAUAAUAAUUGUAAAGGAAAGUGUAACACGUUUUGGUGCAAAGAUUACAAAAUGAGUAAAAUCAGAUGUAUUCGUCCAUUCAAAGACAUUCAGUGUUCGAAAGAGCUGCGAUAUCUCACGGAUGGUAUCAUCCAAAAACUAAAGUCAAUUGGAUUUUCCAAGGUAUCCACACUGAACACCAAGGAUUUUCGUAUUUGUUCGUCUUGCCGUCUACAUAUUGAUUCAAGAGCUCACCUCACCCAAAACGAAGAACAAAGCGUAGCCGGUGGCUCAAGGAUGCCAACUGUUCAGACCAUACCUGUUGUACCUGAUUCGCAAAGCUAUGAAAGUUUGGUCACGAUACCAUCAGCGUCAACGCUAAGCACAAUUCAAUCAAAUGAAGACUUCACGAUGCCUGUAGACGUCGAAAUAUUCAACCGAGGAAUAGCAGCUAUUCGUGUUUCGCCUAUAGAUUUAGGUAAGGUUAAAAAUGUUCACUAUCCUGAAAAAAAGUGCGCUGAAAUCGUCGAAGGUGUACGAAGAAAUCUUUUUAAAUUAGACGCUAAAACAGAAAAAGCAAACGAGUUUAAUGAAGUCAUAGAAAAUAUGAAAAUUAAAUUUUUAAAUUCAGCCACAAGGCAAGAAAAACUAACAAUUUUAUCAUUGUUACCAAAAUCAUGGUCAGUACAAAAAAUUGUAGACGAAUUUAAAACUAGUAGAAAUAUGGCAUCAGAUGCAAGAAAGGAAAAAAAUAAUGUAUUAGAUUCAUCUCAAGGUUCAAGCUCUGGAAAAGCUUUGAGUAAUGAAACAAAAGAACUGGUUUUGAAUUUUUUUGAGGACGAUGAUAUAAGCCGUGCAAUGCCAGGCCAAAGAGAUUUUGUUAGCGUAAAGACAGGAAAUAAGAGAUUAGCUGUUCAGAAAAGAUUGUUAAUGAUGACAUUAAGAGAAGCUUUUAAUCGCUUUAAUGAAAUGUA